GUUAGUUCUCGGAAAUGUGGCAAGAGUUCCGCUUCCUUUAACCAUAGUUAACAAACAAGAUACAUAACAGAUACGAGUUGAGGUGAUGAUUUGCUAAUUGAUAUGCAACUGCGCUGUGUAUUGCCAAGCCAAGAUAUUAUUGAGAUUACCUGACCAUGGAUGUUUCUGGGAACAAGAUGGAUUCUAAUGUGACUGCUGAUACUGAAGGCAGCACUUACUUGCUUAGUGAAAAUCAACAGCGUAAAGGGCGUGAAGCCUUGAAUUCUUUAGUGAUGCCUAUCCAAGUUGCUUCACCAAUGGAUUCCAUGCAGCAAGAACAACCCGUACCGGUACCAAAACAGUCAGUUGAAUGUGAUGAUAUAAAUGUAGAAGAAAUGAAUGAAAAACUUAGACAAAUUCAUAAGGACCAGAAAGAGGGUUGGAAAGAGAAGAAAGGGUGUCAAGGUGCAAGUAGCCAUCCAGGUGCCCUGGAUCCUGAAAACAAUGCAACGUACAGAAAUGCUUUGAAUUGUGUACCAAAAUUUAUUGUUGAUAUCAAAUACAUUUAUCAAGCUGAAAUGGCGGAAUUGUUAAACAAGGAAAGAGAUGACAGGUUUGAUUAUAGAAUGGUUGCAGCUUAUCUCGACUUUACAACGGCUUUCAUCAACACAGUUAAAAAAACCAAAGAUCCAAUGAUGUCAGUAUUUGAAAGCGCAUCUAGAAUUCCAGGAGCAAAUUUUAUUGAUGCUCUCCUAAAGUGCAAAAGAUUUGAUGUCAUGGAGGUGAUAGUCAAAUAUUACUUCAAAGCUGAAUUGCGUCAAAGUAUGUCUCACGAAGAAAAAAGAGCACAGUUCAAAGACACUUCGCCUCUUGCUGGAUCCGUUGAGGAGAAGCUGUUAAGGGACGAAAGAAACAGGGCAUCAUCAGAUCCAGUUGAGCAAGUGUCACAUGAUACAAGCGAAGGCACAGGGAGCCCACAGUUGACUUUAGCUGGUCGUGUCAUAAGAAGUCCAUCCACUCCUCAUGAUGAAUCCUCAACAUCCAAUGACGAUUAUGAGUGGGAUGGAUCUACUCCUGGCGCCAAAACAUUCUGGAAUAGCAUCGAAUGCGAAAAAAGACGCCAAGAAAAGAAACUGAAAAAUGUAGAGAAAGCAUUCAAAGAAUUAUUCAAAAACGAUAAAUUACGAACAGAGUUUCCUUAUACUUGGAAGCUCAUUGUUCAUACUUUGAGGCUGGAUCCUGCUUCUAGCAAUGAUCAGUAUGUCACUCCAGAAAACUUUCGACGAAUGUUGGCUUUUUUUGGAUCACCUUCAGCAGACGACGAUAGCUGCAUCAGAACGGCUGGUUAUUUGAGGCAGAAGUCACAAAGAGUAAAAAAAGAUAGCAAGGAAAAAAUAAGCUGGUUUGCUGGGAUAAUGGACCAAGAUGAUGCUGCAAGAGUUCUUGAGUAUCAGCCAUCAGGUUCGUUUCUUGUUCGAUUCAGCACCAGCUUUGCGAAGGAGGGUUGGUAUGCCCUAGCUGUUAAAACGGAGGAAGCCGGUGUCGUGCACGUUCAAAUUGAGCAGCGUCGCGAAGGUGCUAGGAGGCUGUUCAAUGUUUGUGGCCAUGAAGAGACGACAUUCCACACACUGUGGGACCUCGUCAACCAUUAUGAGUUAAACCGACUGGUUCUAGGCGACCAUGAAGAUAACGAAGAAGUGGUUGUCUACUUGGCUUCACCGUGUCCUGGUCUGCCGCUCAACGAUAUUUGUAAAGGAUACAAGAAGGCAAAAAGGAGAUAAAAUGAUAUGUGUUCUUUAUUUAAAGAA